UGCAACAAACCGAGCUCAGAUAAGUGCUUCCCAUUAAAUUGCAUGAGGAGCACUGAUAAAAUGUGUACCAUUAUUAUACGUAUAUGGUUUCACAAGGACGGUAUAUAUUAUGUGUUAAUAUCCAAGUAUAUGCAUACGAUAUAUAGAGCUGUAACAACGAACUUCGAGAAUACAAGUUAGUGUGGAAAGAUAGUUAGUUAUAUGUAUAGUGCGGUCCACGUUAUAAUGACAGUAUUUGAUCAACUUUGGUUUUGAUAUCCUUGUCUAUCAUUCGACAUAGACGGUGGUACUAUCCUGAAACAGCUGUAGAUGGUGUGCCUAUGACGUCACAGCAAUCGCCUUCAAGAGCAUCAGCAGCCAAUCAGAAGGCAGGGGGCGUGGCCAACCAGCUACUGACCAAUGCAGUGCCGACCGCUGAGAUGAGGCCACGCCUACAGCAGAGGCCUUAUUUCGAUUUGCCGGCUGGGAAUGUGUCAUGCGUCGUCGGACAGACAGUCACACUCCUGUGUCGCGUCAGACAUGUCGGCGACAGAACAGAGAGAAUAACUACCUCCCAGACCGAUUACUCCGGAUCAUUCCACUCUUUCUUUGUAUUGGCCUUCCUGCUCCCGGGCGAGCGAAGCGAGCCUGACGGCUAG